UGACCGUGUUUUACAUCAAAACGGUUGGCUGUGUGAUUAGGCUACAAAAACAUAAAUUUAAGGGAAAAUCAAGCAAUUUUACGAUGGAAUUUAGACACUAUUUAACGUUAACGUUAGAUUACUCGACUGACAUAGCAUUCAACUGUAUUAUCGCUGGGUAUGUAUUAUUUAAUUCAUAAAGUAGCUUCAUUUUAAAUUUAAACUAGCGCUAUUUUUUCUUAAAUUGGAUAUUGUUUAUAUCUGUUUCUAAUAUAUUACCUCAUCUAGGUUAUAAAUAGAUCUCAUAUAUGGCUGGACGAGGAAAACUGUUGCUUGAGAGAGAUUAACGUGCAGAAGUCGUAAUCCGGAUUAGUUAACUGUCCACACUGUGCGCGCGCAUCCACUUCAACAGCGAACAAAUUAAGUGUUGUCCAACAAACAUUAGCCUACUUUUUAACUAAACUAAACCACAAUUUUAUGUGUAUGUGUAGUGAUAAAACGUAUUGAUAUUGUUUAAUUCGACAAUAAUCUUAAAUUAUAUUGUUACAUUUUGACUAUACAUUAGUUUGUCUUUUGUUACAGUUACACACUAGUCGCACCAUUUGAGAGUAAAUACAUUCUUACGACAUGAUGUUGUAGUUUAGGUCCCUCCCAUAGGAGGAACAUGCAAAACUUUUGUUUACACUUGAAACAGAAUUGUUUAUCUCUUCCACAUGGCCAGUAACAUUUCGGAGCCAGCUUGGACUAUUCUGGUCAUAUAUGAGCAAAGGAAAAAUGAGAGAUUAGUUUACAUUAAAGAGAAAUAUUGUGGAACAAAAUAGUUGCCAGUUCAAAAGUAGUUCCUGACUGUGGAUAUAUGCGAACAUCUGAAAUGGGGUUGAGAUACAUUCUGACUCUGGCUACCGGACUGCUGGAGUGUUUGUGUUUUGCUGGAAUUGUGUUUGGUUGGGCGUCUCUCAUGUUUGUAUUGAAGUCAGAUGGAUACUUCAGUGAACUGUGCGUUAAUGUUACAGGCUCUAAUGGAGAAAGCUUAGAUUGCAGUCUGCAGGAUGAGAAUUUCUCACUGGUUUUCACUAUUGCUUCCUUCAUGAAUAACUUUCUUACUCUUCCCAGUGGAUUCUUUUACGACCACUUUGGCACAAUGGCAACACGGCUUCUGGCUAUAUUUCUUUAUACCACAGGAACCUUGCUAGUGGCAUUAUCCAAUCAAGCUCUUUCUAUCCUGCUUUUCCCUGCUAUGUCCUGUAUUGCUGCGGGGGGUAUUUUAUUUUUAAUGACGAAUAUGCAGGUAGGAAACCUUUUCGGUUCUCACAGAUCAACCAUUAUAACCAUCUAUAAUGGAGCCUUUGACUCUUCAUCAGUCAUCUUUCUCAUCAUUAAGGUGCUGUACGAGAGAGGAAUCUCUCUUCGCUCCUCAUUUCUUUUUCUCUCAGCCUGUAAUAUCAUUCAUCUUCUCCGGACUACCGUUCUCAUGCCGAAGUCACACAUUCCCUAUCCAGUCCCAGAUAACUACACAUAUGGAAUGAGCUGUGCUAAAUCAAAUAGCUACAAUGUUGAAGAAUACGAAGCAGAACAAGUACAGGGUUUAGAUAGAGACAGAGGUAAAGAAGAUAAGACAAUGGAGACUGCAGGCUCACUACAGCUUACAGACAACUCUGAAAAAGCCAGCUUAAAGAGCUGUGUUUUGUCUUGGUUCUUCUUGUGGCAUCUGGUAUGGCUGUCAGUCAUGCAACUUCGUCACUAUUUCUUUAUUGGAGCUCUAAAUCCAAUGCUGAACAGACUGGCCAACCAAGACCCAGCUGUAGUCAGUGAAUACACCAAUGCGUUUGCCUUUACCCAACUCUGUGGAGUUCUUUGUGCUCCCUGGAAUGGUCUUCUAAUGGACAGACACCGCAGAAAACCCCUGAAUCCAGGCCUGUCACAACGAGAAGCAGACCUACGCUCCUCCAUUCUGUCUCUCCUCCUCACCUCCCUCCAGUGUCUCCUGUUCUCCAUCUGUGCGAGCGUUCCCCUUAUCUCUCUCCAGUACCUCACCUUCAUCCUUCAGGUCCUCAAUCGCUCUUUUCUGUACGGAGGCAAUGCUGCGUUCAUCAGUAUAGCGUUUCCUGCUCAUCAUUUUGGAAAGCUGUAUGGUCUAGUGAUGGCUCUAUCUGCUGUGGUAUCUUUGCUACAGUAUCCCUGCUUUGCCCUCAACAAAGUUCUUGGAGGGGACCCCUUCUAUGUGAACAUCAUGUUGACUGGCCUGACUCUACUGGCCUUCAUACAUCCUCUUAAUGUUUUCUUUUACUGCAGAAAGCUGGCAAAACAGAGAGAGAACAUUUCAGAGUCAUCAAUAAGAGAAACAUCAAUGUAUUAAUAUAAACGAUUUUAUUUGUCCGAUAUACUUAUGGAUAUUUAUAAAGGACUAUAUGGUAAGAAGAAAAUGCAUAGACGAAAUACCUAAAGGGGAGGUUCAAUAGUAUUUCAUGAAUUCUGCAUUACCACAGUUUAACUCUUUCCCCGCCAGCACUUUUCAUGAUUUUGACAAAAGUUUAAUAAGUCCCAGAAAAUGCUCUUCAUUAAAUAUAUAAACAUACAAUACAUUAAAGGUGACAUAGAAUGAUUGAACGGGGUAUUUAUCCUUGUUCUGUGAUGUGACAUGUAGACAAAACAUUUUUUGUUUGCUCUGUAAUGCCUCAGAAGCUUCCUAAAAACCUCUCUCAGAUAGCUCUAUUAGGGUGGGGGAUUUUAAACAAGUGGUUUUGCACCUAUUUGGCUCCCCCUACUGGCUUAACUUGCAAUCUCAUUUCUGAUUGGCUGACUUUGCUGCCACUCAAAAAAACGUAGCCAAUUAUUUUAAAGUGGAGGGGCAGUGAGAUGCCUGUGAUGUCAUAAGCAUCAGUUUUUCAGAUUGGGUCGUUUUCUGGCUGACAUUUCUAAAAGAGGAAUUACUAUGAGACUGAGAUGUUUAGCAUGUCUAGCACUUUUUGUAUGUUCGUGAAUGCGUGUAGACUACCAUUAUUCAACAAAGACAAGGUAAAAAUGGUUUUUCAUUCUCUGUCCCCUUUAAAUGAAAGAACAGACCCCUUGCUUUCAAAAAAAAGUUUCAUCCUACCUUCAUUAGUUCUCUUUUUAUCACCUCUCAAAUAUGGGUAGGUUUCUUUAAAAACACCAAAUUUUGAGCAAAAAGCUGAGAUAAUUACAUUUUUGUAAAGGAAUUUUGAUAGAGAUCAGAUGCAGAGCAAUCCUCAAAACUUAGAUGGACAUACAUCUGUUUGUCCUAGGGUGAUACUUCCGAGUUUUAUAACACCUGGUGGAUAAUAGUGGUAUUGCAGAUUGACGAGAUUACUUGUCAAGGCGGGGAAAGAGUUAAGAGUUGGUGUCCUCGUGUUAAACAUAGGCAAAGUGUCAACAAAGCAGUUGGACAUGUUACAGAGUAUUUCUGUGCCGAAUACACUUUGCCAGGGUUCAUACAAGUUUUAGAAAGUGUUUUUCGAUUACAGGCCCAGCUGACGUCUCAGGGGUUUCUAUACAUAUCAUUUAUUUUUAUGGCACUUCCCCCCGGAAAACCCCGCCCCGAUCAGAUUCUCAAGCACUUCAUGAUUAAGGCUGUUGAACUAAACAUGAACAAUGCUCAUUUGAUCGCAGAACGCAUAAAUAUCACUUCACCAUACCUUUUUCCUGAAACCUUGGCAUUGGUGUAUUCUGUCAGUAACUAUUUACCAUAUACUUUCAAUAUAUUUUUUUAAUGUUUAUUUUAGUAUCAUUUAGUAGUACUAUUAGUUAAUCUUGUUUUUAUCUUUUGUUAAUAAAUUCCAUUUUAUUA